AUGAGCCACUUGGCAGAAGACGGCCCUUGGGCAGCUCGCCUUGGGUUUGUUGCAACUCCCAUGGCAAAGCCGCAAGGGCGACGUGCCGAGGGCCCCGUGGCCGGGCUGCAGCGGCCGUCGAGGGCGUCUACCGGGCUGAUGAUCGGCUGCUUGAUCUAUCCCGACGGCUGGGACUCGAGCGAGGUGAAGCGUCUGUGCGGGGACAAAACGGACAAGUACACGCUGGGCGCCUGCACCGUGCGCUGGGCGUACAUCCUCUGCAUCAUCGGCAUCCUCGACGCUCUCAUACUGUCCUUCCUGGCCUUUGUGUUGGGGAACCGGCAGGACAACCUCCUCCCGUCUGAUUUUAAAGUGGAGAGUAAAGUCACAGGCAUUAACAUAGAAAAUGACACCGAGAUCAGAAACUAUUUUGACUAUCUGGGCACAGGAAAGGAAAAAGUAAAGGGACAGGACAUUUUGGAGGAAGAAAUAAAGGAUACUAACAUCUAG